AUGAGUGAGGAGGAUUACGUUCCUCCCGCCCCUCCUUCAAGUGAAAUGGGAGCAGAUAGUGAACAGCAACAAUCACAACUAUUGUGCCCUGUUGAUCAAGAAAUAAUUCAAAAGUUCGUUGAAAUCGGCGAGAUACAAAAAGAUUCAACAGAUAACGACACAAAAUUCACAGAUAUCAUCGAAAAAUGCAAGCACAUCUUAUCCCCAGAAAUAGAAGAUUCUGAUUUACAGCAAUCAAUCACAAAUCUUGCAAAUAACGUCAUGGAUUUUAUUUUCUCAUCAGAAUCGAACGAGAAUAUCAAAAUUCAAUUACUUAAUUCUCUAGAAAAACACGACUUCAAAAUCAUGGUUGAUACUGAUGAAUUAAAAGAUACUCAAAUCAUGAAUAUCUUGUUUGAUAAAAAAGACGACGUCAAACUAUCGGAAAGUGCAACAAAGCUUUUUACGUCUUUGAUAUCUACAUUUUUUAAGACAGAAAAGCUUAAAUUACUCGAAAUAGAAGAUUUAGCUGAGCCAAAACUAAUCAAAAUCAUUAUCUUUCUCAAUUCAAUUAUUCCUUUACUAAAGCGCGAGCAAUUAUCCGCUGUCUUGGCUUAUUCUAUUGAUAAACUAACAAAAAGAUUAUCUCAUGACAUUACAAUCGAUUUACUAAUGCUAAUUGCAAAAUACUUUUCGGAUUACUGCACGUACGUUCAUUCGCUAUCGAAUAACAUGAUAAUUUCAUUGACAUCCAAUUAUUUCAAGGCAGAAUCCAAACAAAACAAAGAAAAAAUUGUCCAGUACUCCAUAAAAAUUGCAGAUCUUGGCACAGUUGUCAAUUCUGCCGAUCCUCUCAAGAGAAUUUUAUUGGAUGCGUUAAGUUGGGUGACAAAUGACCUUCUUUCCAUACAGAUCAUUGAAUGCCUUACGUCAUUGAUUGGUUUGGUUCCAUUUGAACAAAGAGAUGCCUAUGCUUUUCUCUGCCAUUCAGGAAAUGUCGCUCAAUCAUGCGCCAACGCAAUAAUGACCAUCUACGGAUCAUAUUUGGAGCCACUGAAUACUAUUGCUCUACAUUGCUUGCCUUACGAAGUCUUUUCUCCUGCUUUAUGGGCAUUUUUAAUUGAUCGCUCAGAUAAUUACGAAAUUUCUCACGCAAUGUUCUGCAGACUUGCAGCAGCAAAGCCAAAGAGUAGAACAGAGAAACUAGAAUUAAGAUCUGGCGAUAAAUGCAUUGGAUUAUUCAGAGAAGAAUUAAAUUCAAGCGAACAAGAUGUUCCUAUUGAAAAUCUUGGCUACUUUUUAUUGAGAAUAGCCAAAACAGAUCUUAUCUGCUUAUUUAUUGAAAAGAUUUUCUCUUCCGGAAUAUUUAAUUCAGAAAUCGAGUACAUUUUCAAAGAAAUACCACAAUUAAUAUCAAAGAACGACUCAGACAAGCCAUGUCUCUGCUUCUUUGAUCAAUUGGUCGAUUCUUUCACCGGAAAUCAGAAUUAUAGUUUUGUUACAAGCAUGGCAACGACAUUUGUACACUGGAUCAGCAAUUUCUCGAAUAUUCCUGAGAAUGUGCUUAUCCAGCGCUUCACUCAAAUGGAAUAUUCCAAUUGCCACGUUUGUUUACCUCGAAUUCUCCAAGUUGUCUCAGAAAGAGCGACCAACAAGCGUUCCAUUAGACUUCUGAUACAGAAGAUCCUCAAAGACACCGUUCCUCCGCAGUUAUCUCGCUGGUUUUCAUUGUAUAUCUUGAAUACAAUUGGAGAUGAGAAGAGAGACAUCGAAAAAGUGGUCGAAGCAAUUUCAACAGCUCUGUCUGACCAAACAAAGACAAAUUCCAUACUUCCAAUGAUCAUUUCCAUCGCGCAGUUGGAAGCAGAUUUCUUCAGAAUUAACGAACAAUUCGGUUUCAUUCAAAAAGUGGUUUUAUUGAAAGAUGGCGAAGAAAUCGAAGGCACCAUAUCAUUGCAUCCUUUCCAUACAACGACUAGGAUCUACAAUGAAGUCAAAUCCAUUUUGGACAUGGAGCAAAACAACUUCCAACUUUUCUACGAAAAUGAUGUUUAUUUGACACUGAAAAAUUCCCUUUCCACUGUUCCUUUGUCAUUUACAAGGCCUCUCAAGCUGAAAGUCGUCAAACAGAACUUGAAACCUGAAGAACUCAACGAGAUCCAGAAUUCUUCCACUUUGAAUAUUAUUUUAAACAACGAUGUAAGUAAUCAGUUGUUUUCGAUGUUGGGACACUUGAAUAAUUUCACUCAACAGAUCUUUCUGGUUCUUGAGUUGUUGGGGAGAACAAAUUAUUCAGUCCAAUCCAAUGUUCCAAGCGAUCUCCAGAACAUUUUCAUGAAAAGAUUUUCCUUUUCAAUGGAAAUGUCAGAAAAUGUCAAAAUUUUCCCAUUUGUUCUGAAAAAUUUGGCAGAAAACAAACAGACAUUGCAGCAGAAUACAAUAGAAACAAUCCUCGAAUACUUAAAUUCGACAAACAACAUUGACAAAGUUUCUUUGGCAAUUGCAACUCAUUCUUUGUCACUUUUGGGUUCACCUAACGGAUUAAUUUUUUCACAUCACAUUUUACAUGAUUGCUUGAUCUGUUCCAACAAAGAAUUAGUGAGACAAUGCGUUUCUUCGAUGAUGUCUUACGAAACUCCCAAAGAAGAUUUGAUUUCUUUGUUAGUUUAUGCUUGUCAAACUGAAAACCGCUCGAAAUCAAAAGAAUUCUUCAGUAUUGAGAAAGUUCGGAAAGACAUUGAUUCGUAUGUCUUUGAUUCCUUCUUCAGAGACUUAGUACAGUUCGAAACAAGCUAUACAAGUGAUGUUGACCAAACUUUGAUAAAUUUGUUGGAAUUAAUAACAAAAAGUGACGAAAACAUGGAAAAAGUCUAUAAAAUGUUGUUUAAUUCUCCAACAUACAUCAAUAAGAAUCUUCCUUUCAUACAGACACAGGAAACAAGGAACGCUGCAAUCAAGUUUUUGUCGAAUUUCGAUUGCAUAGAAAGAUUGAAAGUUUUGUCAGAAAAAAUUGACUUGAAAAUGACGGUUUUGACAGAUGAUUUCUCAUAUUUCCCGCAAUCAACGUUUACAGGUGUUAACAAUGAGUAUUCCUGCCUAUCAAGUAUUCUCCAAGUCCUUUUCAAUUUAUAUUGUUUCACUUCUUUAAUUUUGGAAAAUAAUUUCUCUGAUUCAGAAACAAUAAAAAGUGUCAAAGAACUCAUUACCUUGUUUAGGAAUUUAAGAUCACAUAAAGUGAGUUUAGAGAAGUUUAUCGAGUUCACAUACAUCAAGAACUUAAUUCACAGAUUGCCUGAUUCUCUCUUCAUUUCUUUGGUCGCUCAUAUGGACAACCAAAUCGGAAAUUUAAACCUGAAUUUGAAGGGUUUGUUCGAAUCUAAAGUGGUCAGUAAAAGUGAAGUGAGCGAAAUCUCCAAAUUGGCUUUGCAGUCGAGAUUGACGGUAACUUUACAAACCGCCAACUUUACAAAUUUAAUUGAAUCUUUGAAUUCAUUUUGUAAAGAAAAUGAAGUGAGAAUGUGGCCACGAAUUUUAGUAAUUUCAUUAAAUAGAUGCCAAACAGGAGAAUAUAACAAGAACUUUGACAGUUUCAUGAUUCCUAAAUUCAUUUCUCAUCCAAAUAAUACUUGCAACAACUACUCAUUGCAAGGAUUAAUUUUGCAUCAAGGACACAACAUAAAGAGUGGUAAAUAUUUGUCGUUGGUCAAAAGUUCAAAUGAAAACGAAACUUGGUAUUUGAACGAUAACGAUAAAAUAACCGUUUUUGACAUUUCAGAGUUCAAUAAUUUAACAAGUGGCUCUGAUACACAAACAACUGCUUCUUUAUUGUUUUAUGUCCAAGACGGUUUGACAUCUAAAUGUGAAGCGGCCAUUUCUAAACCAAUGAUUGAGAAAAUCGACAAAGAGAAUUCAGAAUACUGGCCAUUCAUUAUUUCCAAUUCCAUGUCGUAUUCUGACUUAGUUUUGUCUCAGUUCAAAGGUGACAAAAAUCAUAGAGAAUUCUUCCUUUCCAUUUUCUUCCCGAUUGGAUCUCUUUCGAGCCAAGUCAUGGCGUGGUCCAAGAAGAUCACAGAAUAUAUAUUAACUGAUAAAGAAGGAAGCGAAAUGUACUUGGAAAAAUUCGAGGAAUUGGAUUUGAAACAAAUGUCACUUUUAUCUGUUUCAAGUGUUGAAAUUUUGAUGAAAUUGGCAGCUUCUGCACUUCAUUUCGUUGAAGACUCUGAAGAGAAAUUCAACAAAAUCAUUGAGUCAUUCGAAUCAAUCGAUUCUUGGAUAACUUAUGAUAUUUUGUGCGCUUUCAUCUCUGAAUAUUUGAAAUCUCACAAAAUUUCAGAAAAACCGCAAUUAUUGAGAAUGAUCAUUUCGGUUUUGACUGACAAGAAAGAUCCAAUGACAAUCAAGUCAUCUAAAAACGUUGGUGAAUGCUUGGAUCAGAUUUUAAACUCGAUUGAAGCAGCAACACAAGAAAAAGGAGAUGAAUCAAUUUCUUCUUUGGAAGAAAUCUUCGAUGCUCAGUUUUUAGGAACUUUUUCAGAGAGAAACGCAAACUCAACGAAGUUCUACGAUCUCCUGCAGUUGACUGCUGAUAAUUACCCAGACAUGAUCAUUGCAAUUGAGCAGUAUUUGCCAAGUAAUUUGAGAUCAUCUGUGAUGAACAAAAUCCAUCAAAAUGAAUCGAAACAUCAGACAGAAGAAGAAGUUCCUGAUCUUCCUUUGGAUGAUAUCAUUCCUGAACUGAAGAACCAGAUAUUCUCUACAGAUGAAGAAGCAAGAGAACUCGCAAGCACUUGUUUGAUGUCUUUCGCUGGAAUUGAAAAUGAACAACUAACAGAAUUCAUUCAAAACGCGUAUUUGGAUGAGAAAUCAUCUGAUAAAUGUCCAGAAAUAACAGAAGACACAGCAAGUUUUGUUAUUCCAAUGUUUUUGGAUGAAGCAAUUUCGAUUUCUCAGGAAGAAAAAGAAGAAGAAAGAGUUUACGAAUACAUAAAAGUUCUAAAAACAUUGGCUGGUAAUUAUCCAACAGUAACUGCAAGACAUAUCAAAGAAAUCGCUGAAUUACUCAAAAACAUUAAAAGUGAUGAAAUCAUCUCUGAUACUUUUUCUGUUUUGGCAAUUUCUGUUUUAUGUGAACCUUCUUGCGCCCAAGAUGUUUUAGAGACAGGAAUUCUUGAUUCUGUUAAAUGCAGCAGUUUGCAAGGUGUUCAAAUGCUUGCUGCUUUGAAAGAUAAAGCUAAUUCAACACCUUAUUCAGGAUCUUGUGUUGAAUACUGUCUUUCUCAGAGUUAUGAUAGUGCAAGCGAUUGUUUAAUUCUUGCUCUUAAGAAUGGACUUGUUUUAGGUGAAUUUUCUCUUCCAAAAGUUGAUAAUUUCUCUAAUGUUAAGUUGCUAAAGAGUUUAUCAGAGAACCUAGAAGAUGAUGGCAUUAAAAGCAAAGUAAAUGCCUUCUUAAAGAAGGUAAAGAAGAAAUCUAAUCAUUAA